GCACAGGGUUAUAACGACCACGAGCCACAAAUCAAGCCCUCCAAAAUAACCCAAAUGAGCUCUUACUUUGUAAACUCGUUCUCAGGGCGCUACCCAAAUGGCCCCGACUAUCAGUUACUAAAUUAUGGGACCAGCAGUUCCAUGAACGGUUCUUACAGAGAUUCAAGCACCAUGCAUUCCAGCUCUUAUGGCUACAACUACAAUGGGAUGGACCUUAGCAUCAACCGCUCAGCCUCCUCUAGUCACUUUGGGGCUGUGGGGGAGAGCUCCCGCGGUUUCCCUUCUCCAGCUCAGGAGAGCAGGUUUAGACAGGCGUCUAGCUGCUCCUUAUCUUCUCCCGACUCCCUUCCCUGCUCCAACAGCGAGAGCCAUGGAGGCAAACCCGCCCCGUCCCCCUCCGACCAAGCUACUUCUGCCAGCACCACCAACACAAAUUUCACAGAACUAGACGAGACCAGCGCGUCCUCGGGAGCCGACGAGGGCACUCCAAUAAGCAGCAGCAUCCCCCGAGCACAGGCAGAGCCCAUCGCAACCUCCACCGCAGCAACAGAAGGGCAGGCACCUCAGAUAUUCCCUUGGAUGAGGAAACUUCACAUUAGCCAUGACAUGACUGGACCAGACGGGAAGAGGGCGAGGACAGCGUACACUCGCUACCAGACCCUGGAGUUGGAAAAGGAAUUCCACUUCAAUAGAUAUCUCACCCGCAGGAGGAGAAUAGAGAUCGCUCACGCUCUCUGCCUCUCCGAGCGCCAGAUCAAAAUCUGGUUCCAGAACAGGAGGAUGAAAUGGAAGAAGGAUAACAAACUGAAAAGCAUGAGCCUAGCCUCGGCGGGCAGCGCCUUUCAGCCAUAAAUUCUAGAGGUGGAAUAUCGAGGAGAGAAGAGGAGACGGAGGGAAGGAAUCCGUAAAUAAAUAAAUAAAUGAAUGAAUAAAAAAGCGCCGCAGAUCUUAGUUUCAGAGUACUGUACAGUGAGGCACCUUCUUUUCGGCAUGUUGUUGAUAUUCUAAAACAACGCGUAUGGUACCGUUAUCCCAGGACUGAGUUCAUGUCGUGUUCUGUUUUUGGGUUGUUUUUGAUUUUGUUUUUUUUUUAAAUAAUAAUUUUUUAAUUAAAUUUUAUUUCCAGAUGCUCCUCAUGCUCUUGUUGUUCUUCUAAAUGUAUGUGUCCGUGCUCUCUUGAUGCUUUCUGGAAAGCUAGCAUGUUUUAUGUGAGCCCUUUAAAUGUUAUAACUUAUUUAUAAAUUGAGAACAGAUAAGAUUGUUUGUUUAUUUGUUGGUUUCCCCCCCUUCCCUGAGUUUACUGCUUCUGGGUGAGUUCUUCUCUGCCUAAGCUAAAAAAAAAAAUGGGG